UUGAGGCGCUCGGAUCAGUGGGACCCGGGUUCAGCUGAUAGACGCGGGUUUCCACCAGGGGGCGCGAGGACUACGCGUCUUUUCACUAAGUCCACCAGGGGGCGCCUCCGCCCGCUCCUGGCGGUCCGGGGUUGGGGAGUCGACCCACGGAAUCGCCCCUCCCAACUGGGAAUCGCACAGCUAAACUAUUUGCAUAAUCUUGAAAGGGCCGCUCUGAGUGGUUGAGACAUAUAAACUGAAUCUGAAACGGGCUCUCUCAUUGGCUUAAAUUUUCCCCUCCGCUCCGCGUCCCCAUCCCGGCCAGAUUGGGCCCGGAGGUCAGUCGGAAGCCUCCGGCUAGUGGCGAAAGAGGACUCAGGUGUCCCAGGAGAGGACUCCGAGGGGAGUUGGAGAGGUGCAUCUAAGUGGGACUGCGACCCUUGCCACCUGCCACUCCACCCACCCGCCGAGGUCCUCUUCAUCCACCCUGGCUCAGCCACACUGGGGUAGGAAGGAGUCUCCUCAGCCGCAGUUUCUGACCUGACUUCCCGAGAAUCGCUCAAAAGUAGGACCCCAGGGAUCUGUGCAGCUGAGUAUGGGUACCGAGAAUGAAAGCCCAGAACCGGACUGCCAGAAACAGUUCCAAGCCGCAGUCAGCGUCAUUCAGAACCUGCCUAAGAAUGGCUCUUACCGCCCCUCCUACGAAGAGAUGCUACGAUUCUACAGCUACUACAAGCAGGCUACCAUGGGGCCUUGCCUGGUCCCCCGGCCUGGGUUCUGGGACCCCAUUGGACGAUACAAGUGGGACGCCUGGAACAGCCUGGGCAAGAUGAGCAGAGAGGAGGCCAUGUCCGCCUACAUCACUGAGAUGAAGCUGGUGGCACAGAAGGUGAUCGACACAGUGCCUCUGGGUGAGGUGGCAGAGGACAUGUUUGGUUACUUCGAGCCCCUGUACCAGGUGAUCCCUGACAUGCCGAGGCCCCCGGAAACCUUCCUGAGAAGGGUCACAGGCUGGAAAGAGCAGGUACUGAAUGGAGACGCUGGGGCUGCCCUAGCGCCUCCCUGCCUCCCCAAGGAACCAGCACCCCCAGGCCCAGAGUCCCAGCCACCCAGGGACCUGGAUUCCGAGGUUUUCUCUGAUUCCCUGGAACAGCUGGAGCCUGAGCUGCAGGUUUGGGCAGAGCAGAGGGGCGCCCUUGGAGGAGAGCCUGACAGCAGAAACAGCCCUGUGCCCCCCCCCAGAGAAAGACGGGUUGGAUGGCAACCUGCUGGGGCCCCAGGAAUUGGACGCAUGGCUGGUGGGGACAGUUCGGGCCCUGCAGGAGAGCAUGCGGGAUGUCCAAGGGAGACUGCAGAGCCUGGAGAGCGUGUCUGGUCCCCGCAAGCAGAGGCCCCAGCCCAGUGCCCGGCCUUGGCCCCUCAGGCUCUCGGGUCCCAUGCUGCUCUUCUUCCUCCUGUGGCCCUUCAUUGUCCAGUGGCUCUUCCGACACUUUCGGACCCAGAAGAGGUGACUCAAUGGCGGAGUCUCUGCAGCCAGUUGAGGAGGCUAUGAGCCCCUGUCCUGCUGUACCCUGAGCCUUCCUAGGGUUUAGGAGAAGAACAGCAUUAACGCGCGCCCUCCUCGCCAAUCGGUGUUUGCCUUGGCACCCCUCCCCUAAUGCAGGGGCCG